GCGCAGCAGAACGCGAGCAUCUGUUCUACACGCAACAUCGCCGUUUAUUCCCUCGAUCUCUGCAGCGCCUAGCACUACACGUGGUGCAGAAGCUUCGCGGUCUCCAUUGAUUGCUUGCGCGACCGGCGCGUCGAACUGCGAGAAAGCGCGAUUCCAGAGGUUCCCUCCACCCGUCUAUAGCUUCAUCAUGGGCUUCACAACCGGCUUCCUCGGCGGCUUCACCCUCACAUCGGCAGCCCUAUACCUCACGAUAUCGCUACACACCAAGAACCGCCUCACUCAAGCCGCGCUGCUCCGCCAACAACGAAACGUCCUCCUGAAUUUCGUCGAGCCGAAGCCCGCAGAGCCGGAACCGCUGCCUAGAGAGGUGCCUGCCGGAUUGAUGGAGAUGGCGAAGGAUAGGUGGAAUAGGUCGCUUGAGGAAGGGGUCAGGAAGGUGUACGAGACGGAUUGGAGGAGGGUGAGGGAGGAUGCGGAGGAUAGAGUGAGCGCUGUGCUACAGAAACUGCGCGAGCAGAAAUGAGCGAGUAUUGACUUCAAGUUGUAAGAUGUAAGAGGCGGAAUGUGUGACGAUACCCUUCUCCCAAGGCAACAGACGGUCGGAACAUGAUUAUAGCAUGCGGUGACCAUCAGCAUGCUUUAGGCCGACAUAACCCGCGAUUGCCCAAGUAACGGCCAAAUCGUAUUCUCUAUGUUACAUCCUCUAGCGUUGGUUUCUUGUUUGCUUUCUCGUCAGUUGCGUCAUUUCGCCACUACCGCUGUCUUACUGUGCCCUGUUGAUGCUAUUCACAAGUCUUGGCGCCACCUGUCCAGCGUUUGCCUCAGCAACGUAACCCCGCUCCACCGUUUACUCUCACCUCAGAACCCCGACCUUGAAACUUUAACCAUCAACUCUCCACCAACCACCGCGCUAGCAUGUCGUCGCACGGCAAAGUGCUCGAUCUGCUCGACGACCGCUAUCUCAACCUGCAGGACGUCGCCGGCAAUGUCGAACCGUUUCCG